GGCAGUAAUUUCUUUGAUAACUUUACGUUCUGGGAUAAGAGCGAUCCCACCCAUGGUAUGUUUGCUGUACAGACUCAAAAUCAAUCAAUGAACCUCACGGGCGUCAAUAAUGUCGGAAAUGCAUACAUCAAAGUUGAGACAACUCCGGUAGUCUCUGGGAAUCGAUCGAGUGUCCGUAUCGGUACAGACAAUACCUUUACUAAGGGAAUAUUCGUCAUUGAUGCUCUCCAUAUGCCGCACGGAUGUGGCACUUGGCCGGCUUUUUGGUCGACUGGUCCUGAUUGGCCCACGUAUGGUGAAAUAGACAUCAUAGAGGUAAGUGGCUGGGGCGAGUAUACGCGAAAUAAGGCUUCAAUCCACACAGCACCUGGAUGCUCUCUGCCAUCAAAUUCAUCCCAGGUUCUUGGAAUGGAAGCAACUCUGGUCGGGUCAACCGACUGCGAUGCAAGGAAAACAAGGGACCAGGGAUGCGGAAUGAGGUCCAACUCAAAUAUCACCUUUGGCUUAGGAUUUAAUUCUGUCGGGGGUGGUGUAUAUGCCCUGGUUUGGAGUGACAAGGAAAUUGUCGUGCAUUUCUUCCCUCGCGAUUCUAUCCCACAGGACUUAUUGAGCGAUUCCCCGACGCCUGAUACUUGGGGAACACCAAUGGCCCGCUUGCCAUCGACGGAUUGUGAUAUAAACAAGUUCUUCCAGAAUCACACAAUUAUUAUCAACACUGCUCUGUGCGGUGGUUGGGUUGGGGGCUUCUGGAAUCGAACAGGUGUGGCAGGGCAAGGCGCUAGUUGCGCUGCGAGUACAGGUUAUGCAACUUGCGAAGACUUUACACGGAACAACGGAGCUGCAUUUCGUGAUGCCUAUUGGGAAAUAGCAAGCAUGAAGAUAUAUAAGCAUGUUCGAAACCGUAGCUAUUCAGUAUUCGGAAGUCCUGUACCCCAUUUCCAGGCCUGA